AUGACUCUCUUCAGUCGUAAAAAGUCGUCCUCCGACGACGCAGACGUUGUCAAGAAAGAAAAGGGCGGUUGGAGAAAACCCGCCAAUACUGCUUUUAAGCAACAGCGCCUCAAGGCAUGGCAACCAAUAUUGACGCCAAAGACUGUCCUACCCACCCUCUUCAUCAUCGGCAUCCUCUUCGCACCCAUCGGCGGUCUUCUCAUCUGGGGCUCGUCUCUCGUUACAGAGAUCACUUUCGACUACACUGAAUGCGAGAACCUCACUCCCUCAUCCGCAAAUGACUCCCUCACCUUUUCCGACAUCCCGCAGAACAAGUUUUCAUAUCGUCUGCGUGCCUCUGACAAGAACACCAAUCCAACCACCCCUCGCUAUGCUUUUCUCGAUAAUAGCGCGAAUGCGUCGGUGACAGACAUUCUAAGCAAGCGCCAAUGUGUCGUCGAGUUUGACAUACCCGCAGACCUUGAUCACACCGUUCUCUUCUACUACAAACUCACAAACUUUUAUCAAAACCACAGGCGCUACGUCAAGAGUCUAAACUCAGAUCAGCUGAAGGGAAAGUUUGUCAGCGCAAGCACUCUCGACUCUAGCGACUGCAAACCCCUCGGCACCCUCGACGGCAAACCCAUUUAUCCCUGUGGGCUCAUCGCAAACUCCUUCUUCAACGAUACAUUUUCCACUCCCAUCCUACUCAACCCCACUAAUUCGUCAGAGUCCUCCCAGCCCUACGUCUUUUCUUCCGACGGCAUCGCUUGGCCUGGGGAGGCGAAAAAGUACGCCACCACCCCCAUUGGUCCUGGAGGUUAUGGCAACCUUUCCGAUAUCGUUCCUCCUCCCAAUUGGCGAUCUCGCUUCCCAGACAACUACACCGAAGCCAACCCGCCCCCUGAUCUUCGCGCGGACGAGCAUUUCCAGAACUGGAUGCGCACAGCCGGCUUGCCAACGUUUACUAAGCUGCACGGAAGAAACGAUACUGAUAAGAUGCUUCAGGGCACUUACAGGAUCAUCAUUGGUCUCAACUAUCCCGUCCUCCCGUACAAGGGCACAAAGUCUUUUGUCAUCUCCACCGUAUCAUGGAUUGGUGGGAAGAACCCUUUCCUCGGAUGGGCUUAUGUAGCAGCUGCGAGUGUUUUUGUUCUCCUUGCCAUUCUUGGCACCGCACGACAUCUCAUCAAGCCAAGACGACUCGGAGACAUGUCUCUUUUGUCAUGGAAUCGAUAGAUAAACCUCUGUAUAUAAGUACUAAUGACUUUUAAUGUAAUUCUUCCUGAUGAUAUUG